AUGGGCUGCGGCCCCUCGCAGGCUGCCGACGACCGGACGCGAGUCCCCGAGCCCAGGAAGGGCUGGGAGGAGGGAGUUAAGGUAAAACAAACGAAGCCGACCCGCAGGCACAAAGCCUUCUGCCACGCUCGGGGGGCAGGGGUGGGGCGUGGCGACGGGGGCGGGCGGGAGCUGGGUCCGCGGGGCCCCCAGCCCUGCCGGCGGGCGGGCAGGGGCGCGCGGGGCGGGCAGCUGCACGGGCCGUUGUUGAACUGCUGUCGUAGCCAGGACUCCGCUGCUGCAGGACUAGCGUUGAGGGCUUUUUGUGGUUCAAGAACCUUCGAAGGGGGUCCCACCCCGGGGCACUACCGGGUAGAGCCGUGUGUCCCCACUGCGGGCGGCGGUGAUGCUCAGGGGAGACCCGGGACGUGCCUUCUGCUACGGCUUCCGGCAAGGAGGGGCAUGGAGCGCUGGGGUGGUCCAGGCAGAAACGAGGUCCGGGAUUCUUCCUACGCCCACCACCAUCAGUAUUCCGUAAAUGGGACUGGGAAGGCACCGGCUGAUGUUGGUGCGACUCAUUCCGGAGAGAACUGCAGGCCCCAGACUGAAGCUGAAUUGCCCAAGGACACUGUGAGCAGCCCCGAGGGCCUGGGAAAACAGGCUCAGUUGGGAAGUUUACCUGGAGCCAUAGCAGAAAGUCCCCCAUCUCUUAGUGAAAGAAACAGAAGAAUAAAUUCAGCCCUAGUGACCAGUGGAUUAAUCCAUAACCCCCAACCCCCCGAGACCCGAGAGCGACAAAAGUCAUCAGACAUUCUGGAGGAAUUAAUUGUUCAAGGAAUAAUACAAAGCCACAGCAAAGUAUUUAGACACGGAGAAUCGUAUGACGUCAUGGUAAACACGACAGAGAUGCCACUGAGAAAGCCUCCAGCCAGGCUGAAAAAACUGAAGAUCAAAAAGGAAGCAAAGGCUUUCACAAUGAACGAUGUAGAAGAGAAGAUGUGGGCGGUGGAGCGGCGCAGGAAGACUAAAGAAGAAGAAAUAAGAAAAAGGCUACGGAGUGGUCGACUCUUAUCCCCUGCCAGUCCUUCAGACACAACUGAGCCAGAUGGGGGUAAGGUCCCUUUUGCCAAAGGCCUUCACGCUGUGAGUUCUGCUGUGUUUGAGUUUGAGCCGUCUGACCAGGAGGGAGGAAAGGCUUUGAAACAGGAGAAGAGCCACCCAACAUCGAGUAAUAGAAACUUCACUUAUGAAGGAUUUGGGAUGGUGGAGUCAGACAUGUCUUACAACCAAGCAGAUGAUGUAUUUGAAUAAGCCGUCUUAUGUGGAUUUCAUGAGAAGCCAUCCAUUCUCCCUGCUUGUGACAAUCUUAGUCUGUUGCACGUUUUUCUGGAGGCCUGAUCUCACCCCGCUGGGCUCUGCCAUGGAUUUAGGAGUGAUUGUAUAAGCUGUACAGGCUGAACAUGACUGAGUCAAGUAAAUAUCUAUGCUAGGUACCAAAGGGAACCUAGCUUUACCAAAGGGAAAAAACCCAGGAAUAUCUGACCAGCUUCCAUAUUGUAAAGUUGGCAUUCUCCUCCAGCGUGGCUUCAGACGCUGUGAGGAUGUCUUUAUGAGUACCUUCCAGCUUACGUUCAUGUGUUUGUGCCAGAUGAAACCCUUCUUUUAUGCUCCUGCCCCUUGGCUAUACCCACCCUCUGAGGGCCCCUUCAGAC